AUGUUCUCUCUCAUUGCCCUCUUUCUCUCUCUGAUCUUCGCCCUCGUCCAAGCGGGUCCCUACGGAAUUCGAACUUCCAAUUCUUACGGAAACUACCAAUAUCAGUACCCGACUGCCUACAACCACAACUAUUACCGGAACAACUACUACCAAGGAUACCGUAGUCCUUACCAGUACCAGCAGCGAUACGCCAACAACAACUACCAGAACUACUAUCAAAACUAUUACGCCCGUCCUCAGCCCCAACCGACCUGGCCUCAACCGUCUCCACUCGGCUCGGGAAUCAACGUGGAUCAGUACGGAAACUCGUACAUUGGCUCCAAGGAAAACGGUAUUUACCUGUUCUGCAAUGGACGUGGAUGCCCCGGAAGAGGUUGA